AUGACACCGGUCGACGUCGCGGUGGACGACGACGACGAGGUCAUCGAAGCCCCCAUCGAGCCCACCGUUACGCGCGCGUCACGGCGCGCGUCCCGCGGCGCUGAGUCGCCGCUUGCUUUCAAGGGCCUCAGCCUAACCCCCAUACCGGCCCCCGUCCCCAUCACUCCUCCUGACACCCCCGGCAAAGGCAUCGCUGUUCCUGCCCCCGAUCCAUUCGCACCAGGUCUCAACCCCUCUCUUCCACCGACUCCUGGUGAGGCUUCCGACCCCUUCGGCAGUGACACGGAACACGAAGCCGGCGCGACAGAGGACACGGUCGUCGCCCUCCCUCCCGUCGACCGCGGUGCGCAGGCAUGGGGCUUCCUCGUGGCCGCGACGGCGAUUGAGGCCGUCAUCUGGGGUUUGCCAUAUUCGGUCGGCGUGUUCCACGAGUACUGGGUUUCCACCCUCUUCGGCCCCGAGGCCACGAGCACACUCACGCUCGCUUCCACGCUACAGACUGGUCUCCUGUUCUUUUCAGGCGCUCUUCUCGGCCCCCUGUUCGCGGCCUUCCCGUGGUACGAGCGCCAGAUUCAGCUCGCUGGCCUCGCGGUAUCGACCGCCGGCCUCAUCGCAUCCGCUUACGCGACCAAGCCCUGGCAUCUCCUCCUGACAAUGGGCAUCAUGUACCCGUGCUCCGCAGCCACAUAUCUCCCUUGCGCGACCAACGUCUUCGAGUGGUUCGUGGCCAAGCGCGGCCUCGCGACGGGCAUUAUGUACGGCGGCACUGGCGCCGGCGGGACGGUAUACCCAUUUGUGGUGACCGCGCUCCUUCAUCGCUUCGGGUACCGCGCGACGAUGCUCUCCAUCGCCGUCAGCUACUGCAUCCUCAUCGCGGCAGGCUUGUUCUUCACCAAGCGCCGCGUACCGCUCGUGAAGCGCGUCGGCGCCAUCAAGAAACGUAUCCGUCCCAAGCCGGACUGGGCCUUCAUCCGCACCCCCGCUUGGUGGAUCGGCGUUACGUUCAUGACCGUCUCCUCCCUUGGCAACUUCAUUCCUCUCCUCUGGACGCCCUCGUACGCCUCUCAGGUUGGAAUAAGAACCCCGUCCCCCGCGGCUUUCGUGGCCAUGAUGAACGGCGUGAGUGUGAUAGGCAACCUCGCCUCCGGCUCUAUUAGCGACUACGUACAGCCGCGCUACUCCGUCUUCGCCUACUCUGUGGUUGCUGCUGUAGCGUGCCUGGGUCUCUGGGGCUUUGGGACCAGCGCUUCCGCACUCACGGGCUUCGUGAUCUUGUGGGGCAUUUCAGGACAGUGCCUGUGCGGCUUCUGGGCGCGCAUGAUCUCCACCAUCGCCCGCGACGACCCGGCUGUCCCCCAGAUCGCAUUUAGCGUCUUUAUCAGCCUCAAGGGCAUCGGUGCGUUCACCUCGGGCCCCAUCUCCACCGCCCUGCUCAAGAUCAAUGCCUUCAGUGGCGCCGCAGGCGCGUACGGCGACACCAACUUCGGCGUCCUCAUCAUCUUCACGGCCGCAAUGACGCUGCUGGGUGCCCUUCCAAUGCUCGCUUUCCCUACCUCCUAA